AUGAUCAAGGCGCAGGGCGAUUCUUCUCGGAUGCACACGCUCUACAUGAGCUAUCUCCAGUGCCGUGGCACUUGGACCGAGUGCACCCUGUCCGUCUCGGUGCGAAAGUCCCAUGAGAUCAAACAGGAGCAGAUAUGGGAAUGGUUCACGAGGACACAGCUCAUCGAGCACUUGAAAUCCGAAGAACUUGCUGACGAUCUUAUUGCCCGGCAUAAAGAUGCGGAGAGCAAGCUGCCAGCCCAUCUCAAGGGGAGGAACCCGGAUUUCCCUGACAGGGAGGAUCUCUGGCUCUACAAAGCCUUUGCUCGGGUGAAGGACAAGAAGAUCAAAGCCCAGACGGCAGAGGCCGAGGGCAAGGCCCAGGCUGAUGCUGUCGAGGAGGACAUCAUGGACUUAAUGGAGAAGGAGCUGGAAGACAUCGAGAUGGGUGGCUCGAUGGGGCCCAAGAUCAAGAAGACCGUUAAGCUCAAGACUGGCAAAGCUCUGUGGAAUCAGGCAUUGGCAGGAGCCAAACGACUCUUGAAGGAGUGUGAGGGCUGGGCGAAGAUGCUGUCUGAUGCCGGGGUGAAGUCGGGCUUGCGAAAGGCCUUGCUGGAGGACGGGCAGCCAGCCGUCGACGCCUUGCAAAUCGCAGUCGAUUCAGGGGAGGCUGAGCUCAAGGAUGUCGGAGAAGCAGAUGCUGAGCUUUUCGAAGCGCGGGCCAAGGAUUUGUUGCUCGUGGUGGAGUCCUGCAAGAAGGAGGAGUCUGGCAGCGAGAACGUGUCAGCUGCAACCCGGGCUCUCGCAGAGAUGGGCGGCAGCUCUCUGAAGAACUCCAGCCGGGACCUCUACAGGUUCGUGCGGCUUCCCGCACUCACCUAUGUCGAUUGCAUCACCAAGAAAGAGCCUACAAGUGAUGAAACAAUGACACGCAAGCUCUGCAUGUACGACCCACAUGAGCUCUUAGACUAUUUGUGGGCCACCAAAAAAAUCUAUGUGCCCGAUGAUGCCAUACGGAAGUAUUGGGAGCACUUUCGCAAGCUGGGUGUCCCUUGGAGCUUGCAACACCCAGCCAAAGGGGAUGAGUUGCCGAUAUCUGUGACGCUUCGACCCGUUCUUUUGCGGGCGGUCUGGUCCUUGAACCUGGCGCUGCAAGGGCGCCGGCCAGGCAACUCACGACCCCUGUCGAUGAAGUUCGCCACAUGCGAGAUGAAAGGAGACUGGAAAUGGUUUGUCGAAACCUUCGAAGUUCGUCAGUGGUACAACUGCAACAGAAUCUGCCACAGAUGCAACGCAGCAAACACAGCAAGCAAGGGCCCGCUUUUUACCGACUUCGGGACUGCCUUCCGACAGAUCGACACAAUGGCUUUUAUCAAUGAAGUGCUGCCAGAGCAGCCAUCUCCAUUGGUUCUGUUGCAUGGCUUUCACGUGCGAUGGUUGCGGUGGUGCCUCAUGCACAACCUGAAUUUGGGAAUAUUUCAAGUAGAGACUGCAGAAGCAUUGCUUCUUUUGGCAGAGACAGCAUGCCUCCACGACCCGAGCCUGACGAUGCAAGGUGCUUUGAAGCAAAGCUAUAAGGCUUUCAAAACUUGGUGCCGUGCCGAGAAGGCUGCCCUUUCAGCUGGCGAAUUUCUGCAACAGUUGGAGCAGCUGCCGAACGAGCCACUUGAGACGUGGAAAGCACGUGCUCGCUCGGGGUGCCGCCUGGCUGACUGGCAAAAUCGGCUCGAGAACUACGGAAGGUACCUCACCAAGGAACAAGCCCAAGAUCUGCAUCACAGAGGCUACAUGUUCUUGCAUGCCCACAAGCAAGCUGCCGAAGAUGCUGCAGAAUGUGGCCGACUACGCUUCACGAUCCUUCCGAAGUAUCAUGUUGCUAGUCUCAAACAUAUACCUUGUUUCGCAACAUGUUUUCCCAUGUUUGCAGCAUCCAGGCAUUCGAAGAGUGUUUGA